UCAACAGUCUUUAGGUGUUUGGAUCUUGAGCAGUAGCAGCAGAGCCAAAGCAAAAAACCGGAGCAGUCAACGAAAUUACUCAAAAUGAAAUUGACAAUUGUCCUGCUAGCCCUUGUGGGCUGCGUGGCGGCCUUCAGUGUGCCGACCUCGUCGAAGGUGAAGGUGGCCGAUGCUGCGUUCCUGGCCAAGCAGAAGUUCCUCUUUGAGAUCGUGCACCGCAUCGAGGAUCCUCUGAUGUUCGAGGAGUACAUCAAGCUGGGCGGCAAUCUGAUUGUCAACAAGUCUGCAUACACCGAAUUCGACUACUACAUGGAGAAAUUCUGGGAGGCCUACAAGGUGGGCGCCCUGCUGCCUAAGGGAGAGUUCUUCGGUGCUCUGGUCAAGACCCAUCACAAGCAGGCCUGGGGUCUGUUCAACUUCUUCUACUACGCCAAGGACUUCGAGACCUUCCAGCACAACGUCGCAUGGGCCCGUAUCAAUGUCAACGAGGGCAUGUUUGUCUACGCUUUGACUUUGGCCGUCAUCCACAAGCCUGAAUUCGAGGGCAUCACUUUGCCCAUGAUCUACGAGAUCUUCCCUCAGUACUUCUUCAACAGCAAAUUCGUGUACGCCGCUGAGAAAUUCGACUAUGAUGUGUGGAGCAAGUACGUCAUGUACGAGAAGGAAUACAAGGACAUCUUCUACAAGGACUUCACCCAAUACCACAACUCGCCAUACUUCUACACCAAGGACUGGAAGACCUGGCAGUGGUGGAAGAUGAUGGGUCUGGAUGAGGAAUUCUAUGUCAACGACAAGUUCUUCCUGCGCGAAAACUACGCUCAGUUCAACAAGGAUCCCAAGUACGCCGAAAUCCUUAAGGGAGUGCAGGCCUUCUACAUGCCCGUCGACUACACCCGUGACAUUGACUUCUUCAAUUCCGAGAGCAAACUGAGCUACUUCACCGAGGAUUUGGGCUGGAACGCUUACUGGUACUACCUGAACAUGGACUACGCCUUCUUCCUUGAUGGCAAACAGUUCGGUCUGAACAAGGAUCGUCGCGGCGAAUGGUGGAUCUACAAUGUGCAACAGAUUCUGGCCCGUUACUACCAGGAGCGUUUGGCCAACGGCUUUGGUGACAUUCCCGAAUACUUCUGGUACAAACAGGUCGAGUACGGCUACGAUCCUCAGCUGAUCUACUACAACGGCAUUGGCUACAGCUACCGCAAGAACUACUUCGAAUACGAGUCAUACGGCAAAUUCGACAUGCUCUACCAGAUCCAGAACUUCUUCGACCGCAUCUACAAUGUGCUCGAGACCGGCUACUACAAGACCGCUGACGGUGUUGUCUUCGAUCUGCACAAACCCGAGGCUGUGAAAUUCAUUGGCAACUACCUGCAAGGCAAUGUUGAUACCUACGACAAGUACUUCUUCAACUACUACUACGUGCUGUCGCACAUGUACUUCGCCGAUGUCGACUACUACGAUUACGAGGUGUUCCCCAACGUCUUCCUCAACUUCGAGACCAUGAUGCGCGAUCCCUUCUUCUACACUUUCUAUCAGAAGUUCACCGAUGUCUUCUACAAGUUCAAAUACUACCUGGGUCCCUACACUCAUCAGGAACUCUUCUACGAGGGCAUCAACAUCAAGAACGUUGAGGUCAGCGAGCUGGUCACCUACUUCGAUUUCGUGGACUUUGAUGCCACCAAUCUGCUGAACGACAAGAUGACCUUCGUCGAGGGCAAAUACGUCUGGGACAAGGCUCUGCUCGCUCGUCAGGCUCGCCUCAACCACAAGCCCUUCAACUUCGAGUUCAACAUCGUGUCCGACAAGGUGCAAAAGGGUGUUGUCCGCAUCUUCCUGGGUCCCAAAUUCGACGAGUUCGGCCGCACCAUUCCACUGAAGUACAACAGCCAGAACUUUGUGCAAAUCGACAGCUUUGUCUAUCCCUUCGUUGCCGGCGAGAACAGCUUCAAGCGCAGCUCCAAGGAGUUCACCUGGACCGCCGAGGAUCGCAUCACCUACACCGAACUGUACAAGUACGUCAUGUUGGCCAGCGAGGGUCACUACGAAUUCCCCCUGGACAUCAGCGAGCCCCACAACGCCUUCCCCGACCGUUUGGUCCUGCCCCGUGGUUGGGAGUCCGGUAUGCCCAUGCAGUUCUACUUCUUUGUCUCGCCCUAUGCCGAGGACUACGAGCAGUUCUCCAACUUCGACUACACCUACUCCUCUGGUGUCGGAUCUGGCACUCGCUUCGUGGACAGCAAACCAUUCGGUUAUCCCUUCGAUCGCUCUGUGGAUGAGUACAGCUUCUUUGUGCCCAACGGUUACUUCAAGGAUGUCAAGAUCUACUAUCACGACACCUUUGCCAAGUACUUUGAGCAGAAGUACGCCAACUACGGCUACUUCGACUACUCGGUUGAGUACUAAAUGUCGCCCCCGCCUGCGUCUUAGCUCCUAAGUUCUCUUUAAAAUGUUUCAAAGCAAACUCAGAAAAUCAAACCAAAAAAAUCAAACGACCUAAAAACGAAAC